AUGGAGGAGAUACAAGCACUUUUGAGAGUGGCUACAGAGUAUUUGUCGACGGGAAAUGUGAAGGAUGCCUAUUUUUCAUAUAUUGAUGCACUUGAUAUGACCGCAAAAGAACUACAUAGCAUAAAAUUU